GAACAAUGGCGACUUUUAUCUGGCAUAAGUGAUUCUAUUUCGGCGCCAAGCAAAGGUUGUGUUUGCACGUGUACUGAACGAUUGCUUUGAAGUUUACGUGAUAAAUACUUCAUCAUAAAUGCUCUCUUAAGAAAAUUCUUGUUAUCUUUCAUUAUCGGUAUUCAGGUUUGUGAAACUGAUAAAUCUACAAAAGAAAAAUCAGUUCGAUUUUUGAUUUACCUAAUUCUUUCUGUUGUGUUACUGAUCCAAUGAAGAUGAAGGCUCUGUUGCUUUUGCUGAUUGUGGGGGCAGUUCAAGGUGCGAUUUUGCCCUUUCUGCAAACCCCUAAGCAUGAUGGUGUCAAGAGGGUUUGCCAAUUGACAGCCGAUAAUUUCACCACUGUUGUGAAUGCAGCGGAUAUUUCUGUUAUUGUUGUCAAAGAUCCACUCGUUACUACCAAAUCACAAUGUCCAAAUGAAUUGGAAACAUUCGCUGAGAUAACUGCUCAAGUUCUCCGUAAAAAGAAUAGCAUUGUAUGUGAAGCAUUGCCUGAUGUUAUUAAUACUGCCCAGACAAGUGGUGUUAUUAAUGUCCAAGCUAAUCCAGGAGAUGUGUACAUCUAUAAGAAAGGAAGAGGAAUACCCUAUUAUGGAAAACGUUCUACUAGAGCCCUCUUGAAUCACUUAUUUAAAGUGAAUGGAACAGAAAUAAAUGUAAUAACUGGUAAAAUUGACAAAUUGGCUUUUGAUGCUGUUGAAGAAGUGAAAUUAGUUGGAUUUUUCAUGCAAGGCACUGCUGAUCAUCAAGCUUUUGAAGAAGCAGCAGCACGUCUUAGUCCAUCUAUUAGAUUUUAUGCAGCUUAUGAUAGAGUGGUUGCCAAACAUCUAAAAUUGACGAAUGUUGGAGAAAUUCAUCUAGUGAAACCCUUUACCAAAACACCAGUUGUAUGUCCUCAGAAUCCUGCUACUGCUGCAGAUAUUGAAGCAUUUGUAAAGGCCAAUCAAGGAGCAAUUUUAACCAAAAUCAAUGAGCAUAAUCUGAACAAUCCUGCACUGUUCGAUCCUAGCAAAAUAUUAGUGCUUGCUAUUGCAGAAGAGGCAUCUUCUUUUGGUGGUUAUUUCUAUCGCUUAAUUACAAAGCUGGCUAGAAAUGUUACUAAUAGUACAGAGUUUGCAAAUUUAAACAUUGUAUGGCUUGAACCUGAAAUAUUCCCUACUAUCCAUUUAGUAAUGGAUGAGCUGGAAACUACUCUGGGUAUUCCAAAUAAGCUACCUGCAUUUGGUGCUCUGAAUAUAACAACUUUACAAAGCUCUUGGUUAAACACUGCUCUGCUCAAUUGUUCAGGAGAUAAAAAUUCUGAUAUUCAGAACCUUCAAGUAUUACAAGAAUUUUUGACUGGAGUUGUCACUAAUACAGUUGUUCCAGUUAGAAUAGGGGUGCAGGCCUUUGUGCAAACUCCAUCAGCACAAACAGUAAUGGAAAAUUCAGAUAUAACUUUAGAAUGUGUUGUUGAAAAUCCAGUUGGAGAUUGCCUGUGGCUUAAGGAUGGUAAAAACAUUGGCUACAAUUUAGAUCGUUAUCCACACUACAAUUGGAGAGGAGAUAGAUUGGCAGGGGAUUGUAGUCUUGUGAUUUCUGGAGCAAAAGCAGGCAGAGAUAAUGGGGAAUGGAUUUGUGAAGUGACUGGAGAUCAAGAAAAUCCAACACUGACUUCAACUCCAGUCAAAGUUCUCAUAACAGCUUCUGAACCAUCUCCAACAGCGAGUGCAAAAGCCGAACUUUAAAGCAUGACCAUUUUAUGUAAAUAUAUAUGUGUACACUAAAGUUGUGAUCAAGUUUGUAUUGGAAGGAAAAUAAAUUUCAUUAAAUAAA